UGGACUUGUACGAGGACAGGGUUCCAGUUGGAAUAAUUUUAGAAGGUGCCCAAGCAGGGCAAGCCUCUAAAGUGAAUGUGGAAAAGGAAUUGUAGAUGUAUUUGUCACCGGAGAUGCGGAUAAGGAGGGAAAAAGCGGAGAGAAACUUUACUUUCCUGAACAGUAAUGUUAAUGUGAAGAUACGAACGACCAAGUCGCAAUAUUUGAAUUUAUUAGGUAGACUCCCUCUUGUAGUUAUGUCCUGCACCCGAAAGGUGUGUCAUACACCCCUACAUUGUGGCCAUUCACUGGGAGCACCCCAAACCCCUGUCCCCCCAACUUGAAUUGAAAUGAGUUUUUCUCUUACGUGAGCAGGAUUUAGAUCAUCUCCUGGAUUUUUAUUAGUAUUGGGCACGUUGGAUAUUUGCUUUUUCAUUUUUGUGAUAAAUGAUAGUUUUAAAAGGACAAGGAAGAACACCAUCGGUUACUUUAGGGAGUGUGGUGUUAGCAAAAGGAGUUUCUGUCAAAAAUCUAGUUUUGUACUUAGAUUUUCUUCCUCUCUACUUUAAAAAGAUGAGCGGAGAGGGAGUGGGAGUAGCAUUAUCAUUGCUAUUCAGGCCUAGAGAAAGGAACAAAAAUCUUUGGUUACUAUGGCGGUUGGAGGAACGGCAGUGAUCACACGUCGUCUGCUGGGAAGAACUGGACUCUCGUUUCAGGUCACCGUCAGAAAAGCUAAGUUUGCUCUACAGUAGGGAUCAGGAGAUCUGAUCCUGAUUGCAGAACCGUCCCUGAUUACAGAAUCUUGGGUUGUGUUUCCUACUUCAUCCUUCCAGACCAUCCCAGAAGACCUGUAAGAUUCCAUCUGGGAAAUCACUAGCAGUUCUUAGAAGGGAAAGACGGAGGAUUGUUGGUUGGAAUAAAAACGGGGUUGAAUGAGUUCCAGAAAGCAGGGUUCUCAAACUCGUGGACAACAAUCUGCAGAAGAAGACAACUUCAAAAAGCCAACUAGAAGCAACAUGCAGAGAAGUAAGAGGAGAGGGGCUUCCUCUGGAAAGAAGACAGCUGCUCCACAGCAGAAAAAUCUUGAGCCAGCUCUCCCAGGAAGAUGGGGAGGUCGCUCUGCAGAGACCCCCCCUUCAGGAUCUGCUAGGAAGACAAGAAAGAACAAACAGAAGACUCCUGGAAAUGGAGAUGGUGGCAGUGCCAGCGAAGCACCUCAGCCUCCACGGAAGAAAAGGGCCCGGGCGGAUCCAACUGUUGAAAGUGAAGAAGCAUUUAAGAAUAGAAUGGAAGUUAAAGUGAAGAUUCCUGAAGAAUUAAAACCAUGGCUUGUCAAGGACUGGGACUUGGUUACCAGGCAGAAGCAACUUUUCCAAUUUCCUGCAAAGAAGAACGUGGAUGCAGUUCUUGAAGAGUAUGCUAAUUGUAAGCGGUGGCAGGGCAAUGUUGAUAAUAAGGAAUAUGCAGUUAACGAAGUCAUGGGAGGAAUAAAAGAAUAUUUCAAUGUGAUGUUGGGCACUCAGCUGCUCUACAAGUUUGAGAGGCCCCAGUAUGCUGAAAUUCUCUUGGCUCACCCUGAUGCACCAAUGUCCCAGGUUUAUGGAGCGCCUCACCUACUGAGAUUAUUUGUAAGAAUUGGAGCAAUGUUGGCCUAUACACCUCUUGAUGAGAAAAGCCUUGCAUUGUUGUUGGGCUAUUUGCAUGAUUUCCUAAAAUAUCUGGCAAAGAAUUCUGCAUCUCUGUUUACUGCCAGUGAUUACAAAGUGGCUUCUGCUGAGUACCACCGCAAAGCCCUGUAAGGGUCUACUGACCACUCACUGUUUUGAGUCUGGUAUCUGUAAACACUUUUUGUUCUUAGUCCUUUUCUUGUAUAAUUGAUGUUCUUUAAAGUUGUUAAUGUAUAACAGGGCUUCUGUUUCCGUUUGUUUCCUGUUCUGUUUUAAACAGAAAAUAAAAGGAGUGAAGCUCCUUUUCUUGUUUCAAAGUUGCUACCAGUGUAUGCAGUAAUUAGACAAAGAUGAAACAUUCAGUAGAACAUUUUAUUGCCUAGUUGACAACAUUGCUUGAAUGCUGGUGGUUCUAUCCCUUUGACACUACACGGUUUUCUAAUAUGUGUUAAUGCUACGUGAAAAAACGCCCUGAUUCCUAGUGCCAAAGGUUCAACUUGAUGUAUAUACCCGAAAACCCGUGCAUUUGUGCUCUUUUUUUUUUUUUAUGGUGCUUGAAGUAAAACAGCCCAUCCUCUGCAAGUCCAUCUAUGUUGUUCCUUAGGCAUUCUAUCUUUGCUCAAAAUGUUGAAGGAUGGUGAUUUGUUUCAUGGUUUUUGUAUUUGAGUCUAUUGCACGUUCUAACAUGAUAGAGGCAAUGCAUUAUAGUGUAGCCACGGUUUUCUGGAGAAGUUGAUAUUUUAGGAAUUGUAUUUCAGAUCUUAAAUAAAAUUUGUUUCUAAAU